UUCAUUGCACUCCAGCCUGGGCGACAAGAGCAAGACUCCGUCUCAAAAAAAAAAAAAAAAGCCAUCUAGAAUGGCCGAUAGGAGAGCUCUGUGAGUUCAAAUUAGCCUUUUUUUACCCUGUCUCAAAAAAAUAAAUGAAAAAUAAAAAUAAACUCCCCUUAAAUGUUAAAUGAACAUGAACAGAAACUGCCCCUUCCUGAAUUCAGCCAUUAUUCACCUGUUCGCCUUAGAUGAAGAAUCAAGGAACAGCAACUGUGGGGGGAUGGGAGGAGUUAGGGUCCUGCCCUGCCCCAGACCUCUCAGUGUCCAAUUUCUCUGUGUCAGCUGUGUUUCUCAGCUGUCCACUUUCCUCCAGCCCUGUCAUUUCAGCCCUGACACCAAGGCAGGAGGCUAGGAGGUCUACAAAUAGCGACUGGGUAGCUGGUGUGAACACAGAGGGUACUGGGGGGGCUUAGCCCCCAAGGAAGAGGACCAGUUUUUCCCCAGCACCACCAUCAAGGCCUUGGGGCUCCCAGAUCCCUCUACAGACUGUGGACUGACUUAGGGAAUCCCGGACGAUGACAGAAAAGGAGGUGCUGGAGUCCCCUAAGCCCUCCUUCCCAGCAGAGACUCGGCAAAGUGGGCUACAGCGGCUGAAGCAGUUACUCAGGAAGGGUUCUACAGGGACAAAGGAGAUGGAACUUCCCCCAGAGCCCCAGGCCAAUGGGGAGGCAGUGGGAGCUGGGGGUGGGCCCAUCUACUACAUCUAUGAGGAAGAGGAAGAGGAAGAAGAGGAGGAGGAGGAGCCACCCCAAGAACCUCCUAAGCUGGUCAACGAUAAGCCCCACAAAUUCAAAGAUCACUUCUUCAAGAAGCCAAAGUUCUGUGAUGUCUGUGCCCGGAUGAUUGUUCUCAACAACAAGUUUGGGCUUCGCUGUAAGAACUGCAAAACCAACAUCCAUGAACACUGUCAGUCCUAUGUGGAAAUGCAGAGAUGCUUCGGCAAGAUCCCGCCUGGUUUCCAUCGGGCCUAUAGUUCCCCACUCUACAGCAACCAGCAGUACGCUUGUGUCAAAGAUCUCUCUGCUGCCAAUCGCAAUGAUCCUGUGUUUGAAACCCUGCGCACUGGGGUGAUCAUGGCAAACAAGGAACGGAAGAAGGGACAGGCAGAUAAGAAAAAUCCUCUAGCAGCCAUGAUGGAGGAGGAGCCAGAGUCGGCCAGACCAGAGGAAGGCAAACCCCAGGAUGGAAACCCUGAAGGGGAUAAGAAGGCUGAGAAGAAGACACUUGAUGACAAGCACAAGCAGCCUGGCUUCCAGCAGUCUCAUUACUUUGUGGCUCUCUAUCGGUUCAAAGCCCUGGAGAAGGACGAUCUGGAUUUCCCGCCAGGAGAGAAGAUCACAGUCAUUGAUGACUCCAAUGAAGAAUGGUGGCGGGGGAAAAUCGGGGAGAAGGUAGGAUUUUUCCCUCCAAACUUCAUCAUUCGAGUCCGGGCUGGAGAACGUGUGCACCGCGUGACGAGAUCCUUUGUGGGGAACCGCGAGAUAGGGCAGAUUACUCUCAAGAAGGACCAGAUCGUGGUGCAGAAAGGAGAUGAAGCGGGCGGCUACGUCAAGGUCUACACCGGCCGCAAGGUGGGGCUGUUUCCCACCGACUUUCUGGAGGAGAUUUAGGCGUGCGGGCGCCUGCAAGCGGGAGACACCCACACCCCAUUCUGGGCUGGCCCAGUGGAGUUUGGGGAGGGGGGCGAAAGCAACGGGACUGCUGGGAGAGGAGGGGUAGGAAGGCCUGCCUGAGCGCGACGGGGCUUCCGGGAAGGGACUGGUUCUCGCCCCCUUCCCCAGCCUGGGGCCUCGGAUACCUGCUGCCCAGAGCAGCCCGGACCGGAAAUCUUUCAGGCCCCGCUUGCAAGAGCUGGAAGAAAACGCGUAUCUACUAGGAGGAGCGAGGGACUGGGGCGGGGGCGGGGGCGAGGGAGGGCGAACUGUCGAAUGUUGCAAAUUUAUUAAACUUUUGACAAAACUUA